AGGACACGUCCACAUGUGAGACCUCAUGUUUGUUCGUGAGCUAUUAGUUUCACUAACGCGACCUUACGAUCUCUUAGUCCAGCAUGGUCUCGUCUCGUUCGCGUCUCUAGAAGCUGCCGUACAGAUACCAUACGCCGACGCGGGGGGGGAGAGAGAGCCAGGGAGCCUUGGUCAGCCCGUAACGGCCUAGAAAAAAGAAAAAGGUAAAGCCCGAAUGCGCCUCGCUGUGUAAAGGCUCCGACUUUCCCGCAAUCAGCUUUGUGUCGGUCACGAGGACGGUCUUAUUAACAUAUUUCAGAAGUCUCGUCGUAUCGUUUCAGCGUGGUAUCAGUACGCACGGAUACGUGUCGCCAUCACUAUGACUGGCUGUAGUCUACUCCGUCACCUCAACGGGACGAGGUUUGGUCGAACUCCGUCUACCUCCACGGACUCCGUGUAGAACUCCAAAACGCCGUCUGGUACUAGUUUGGUACGCACUGAUACGUGUAGUCGUCACUAUGAAUGACAGUAGCAGUAGAAGUAUUAGUAAACGGGAAGAGGUUUGGUGGACUCAGCCUGAGUGUAGAAACUCCGAAACUUCGAAACUCAGUCUGGUGGUCUGUCAGUCGAGGUCUGUGUAGUAAAUCCACGUCAGACGCCGCGAAACACGGCGGAAACGCUCUGAGCGAUCGACAUGUGGCAGCAGUUCACUUCGAGUCGGGUCGCGCCGCAAGGGGAGAAGCCGGCAACGUGGGUACAGUUCGGGCAGCAGAACGGGCAGCAGAACGGGCUGCGGAACGGGCAGCGGAACGGGCAGCAGAACGGGCAGCAGAACAGAGAGCAGAACAGAGAGCACAAUGAUAAAAGCCGACCGCCGUUCCGAGUCGCCUUAGAUCUCCCCGCGUCGCCGCCUGCACCAUCUCCUCCGCUAGAUGCGGCGGGAGCACCGUUGUUGGAGCAACGCUAUGCGGAUCCGAUCGCGCUGAAGCAGGGGGACUUGAUAUUACCCGCAAAUAACUCUAAUAACUCGGAUAACCCUAAUAACUACCCUGGUUUUGAGAAUGACGAAGCGCGUCAGCAGCCGCAGGUUCCAGAAUUCUCGUGGGGCGAGAAAGAGGGAGGAGGUCACGUGGUUCAGUUCGGUUCGCCGGGGUCGCUAGGUUUUAGAAUGAUGUUUCUCGAUAAAGGCGAUCAAAUAGUGUCGCCGUGGCAUAACAUCCCCCUAUACGGGAAGAACACGUGGCUGAAUUUCGUCUGCACGACACCGCGAGGGACGUGGGCGAAACACGAUUUCGCACCGGAGGAAUACACGCCGUUACGUGUUACACCGAGUUCGCGAAACGGCGAACCCUCGCACUUCGCGCGCGACGCGCCGUGGCACGUCGGCGCGCUGCCGCAGACGUGGCAGGAUCCCGAGGAGGGCGCGGAAGAAUUCACCGGGGUCUCGGGAUGCGGAACGGCGGUGGAAGUUUUAGAUCUUUCGCGUCAGCCCGCGAAACUCGGGCAGGUGCAUACGGUAAAGCCGAUUGGUGCAAUUCCGGUGGUGCGGGAGGAGGGGUUGGCGUGGGUGGUGGUUGCGAUUGGCGGAGGCGAUCCCAUGGCGCAUCUAGUGAACGAGUUGGAUGAGCUGCCCGAGGUCAUGCCGGGCAGGCUGGAAGAAAUCUUCGCCUGGCUGGCCGUGUGUGACGCUACUAGCGAAGCGGACAAGCCAUCUUUCCUGCCGCUCAUGGCAGACCAUGGAGCAUCAAGAGCACUCACAGUGGUGGCUCAGGCCAACGCCGCCUGGCAGCUCUUCCUCCACUCCAACGUGCAGCCGGACCCCUGGCGCCCCGAGUUUGACCUCUUUGCCACUAAUAUCCUCCAGGCCUGCUGGCGAAAAUACACGGACGAUCACAGCCCCACAAUCCUCCCCAUCUCUUCUGACGGCCGUCCGAUCGUCACAACCAGUGCUGUGGCUGCAGCAGAGAGAGAAGCCAGAGGCAUGGUAGUUGAAAUGGAGAAGGAAAGGGAGAGGGAAAGAGGGGAGAGAGUGGAGAGGGAGCGGGAGAGGGAGAGGGGGAAGGAGAGGGUGAGAGAGAAGGAGAAGAAAAGGGAGAAAAGUAGGGAGAAGGUGAAGGGAAAGGAGCAGAGAGGAGGAGGUGGGAGCAGGAGAAGAAGCCUAUCCGGCCCAGAGAUCAUCAUCGGAGGGGGGGGAAAGGGAAGCAGUAUAUGGGGGGGAGGGGGAGGGGGAGGGGGAGGAGGGGGAAGAUUGGGCCGUGGGGGGGAAGGAGGGAAGGGAAUUGCAGGAGUGGGGGAUAUUGCCAGUGGAAAGGGGACUGCCAAGGCGGGAGGAGGAGGGAGCGGAGGAGGGGGACGAGGAGGGGGAGGAGGGGGAGGAGGGGGAGGAGGGGGAGGAGGGGGAGGAGGUGGAAGAGGGGGAGGAGGACAGGGGGAUAAGGGAAGUGGAGGGAGGUUUGGAGGGAGGUCAGCAGGAGUGAGUCCCAGUGCGUCUCCUCCCCCCUCCUUCUCCUCCUCCUCUUCCUCCUUGCAGCCUAAGAGCCCUGGGAAGCUGGGGUUCUUUCGAGCGAGGCUGCCGUCUCUUCCCCUCAUUGCACCUUCACCAACUGACGACCCCCCCCCUGCUGCUGCUGCUGCUGCUCCGGUGUCCGCUCCUUAUCGCACUGCUGAUCGCACUGCUGCUGCUGCUCCGGUGUCCGCUCCUUAUUGCACUGCUGAUCGCACUGCUGCUGCUGUUGCUGCUGCUGCUAACGCUGCUUCCUCCUCCCGAUCGCGAUCCCCACUGCCUCCCAUAACGCCCAAGACACCAAGAGGAAGCUCCGCGUUCAAGUCACCCAAGCAGAGAGCCACAGCCACAGCAGGACCCUCCUACCAGCAGGGGCUCGGGAAGAUUCACGGGCAGGAUUACGGGCAGAUUUAUGGGCAGACUCGUGAGUGGCAGCAGGGACAGAGUCAGCACAGCCACCACCGCAGCCGCAGCAGCGAAAGUGGCACAGGCGGGGGGAGCAGCAGUUACAACAGUAACAGCGGUAUCAGUGGUAAUAAUUCUAAUAGUGGUAACAGUGGACGGCUGGAGCCUGUUCCUGGCGCUAUCUGGCGAACAAGUAGUGUCCCUGCUGCUGCCACUGCUGCUGCGCGGGCGGCGGCCGCGGCGGCGGCGGCAGCUGCUGGUAGUGGUGGUGGUAACUAUCCGGCUGUUGCUGCUGCUGCUGCUGCUGCUGCUAGUGGUGCUGCUGGUGCUGCUGGUGCUGCUGCUGGUGCUGCUGCUGCUAGUGGUGCUGCUGCUGCUGCUAGUGGUGCUGCUGGUGCUGCUGGUGCUGCUGGUUGGGCCAGUGUUGCUGGUGGAAAGGUCAGGGCUGUGCCCUCUUUUGAGUCGACUCAAAAGUCGGCUGUGCCCACUUGUGCCAGUGCACAGUAUUAUCACGAGUUCAAUGCCAAGGAUGCCGAGGAAGAGGGGGGGCUGCUGCGCAGCCAGAGCGCAGGAGUCUUCAGGGUAAGAGAGGGACGACAGGGCCAAAGCAGCGCGGGGAGUGUAGAGCGUGGGGAGAGUGGGGAGAGUGGGCCGAGUGGGCCGAGUGGGGAGAGUGGGUCGAGUGGGGCGAGUGGGGCGAGUGGGGCGAGUGGGGCGUAUAACCCCCUGGCCCUGGGAAUACCGCAGUGCAGCCAUACUCCACCCAGUGCCGUGAUGGGGUGUUCCGCUCCUCUCAACCACUCCAUCUCUAGCCAUUCUAUGUCGUCUAACCCCUCCCUUGCAGCAGCGCGGCUGAACUACUCUACGAGGGGUUUUGGCAGGACGAGCAGCGCCUCCAGCAGCAGCAGCGGCAGCAGGGCUGUUCCCUAUGCCGCCCUGGCAUCUUCCAACAGGCCCAUUGGGGGUUUCCAUGGCGCUGACUCCUCCACUAGCUCACUUGCUGCAGAUGAUAUUGAGUGGCGCAAGCAGCACGAGUGGGCCGUUCCGGCGACUCUUGAGGCGGCCCGGAGCAAGUGGGGUGGUUCGGAGCGGUAUGAGGCGGUCCAGAGCCAGUUGGUUGUUUCGGCCACAAUUGAGGCAGCCCAGAGCAAGUGGGGUGGUGCCGAGCGGUAUGAGGCGGGGCAAAGAGAUAGUGGGGUGGUUCGGAGCCAGCUGGUCAUUUCCGAGGCUCUAGUGGCAGCCCAAAACAGGUGGGGUGGUCGAAGUGGAAGGUUGUCGCUGAGGGAGCCUGACAUUGCUGCUGCCACAGCAGCUUUUGGAGUCACUACUGACUCAUCUUUUAAUGAGUCUCCUCUUAAUGACUCAUCUUGUAACGAGUUGGCUUUUAGAGAGGUAUCUCAGGCGCCGGAUGCCACCCAGAGGUUGGAGCAGAGGUUGUCGGGGCAGCGGUGGGCAGAUUUUGACUCUUCUGAAGGUGUCAAUACCGCUGCAAGUGCUGCUGCAAGCACUGCUGCAAGCACCGCUGCAGGCAUCGCUGCAAGGGCUGCCGCUCGAGUGAAUCGGCGGUGGAAUUCAGCAGCGGUUGAGAGAAGGCCGUCCAGGGAACAGGCAGAGGGCAACACUGGUGAUGCUGGUGCUACUGCUGCUGCCACUGCUGGUGCUGCUGCUACUGCUGCUGCUGCUGCCGCCGCUUUGCACAGAAAGAUUCCUUCCAAGAGCAGUCUUUCAUCGCAGGGUAGUGUUCCGUCGCAGAGCAGCGGGGAGAGCAACGAGGGGGACAGUCACGGAGGGGCACGGCUGGAUAGGCAGCAUCACCAACAUCAAGCGCUACAGCUGCAGCAGCAGGUGCAGCAGGUGCAGGGACAUAUGCAGCAGGGGCACUGGCAGCAGGCGGCACUGCAACUGCAGCAGGCGCAGUGGCAACAGGGAGUGGGCUACCAGCAGCAGCAGCAGCAGCAGAUGCUGUUGCAGUCCGCUUCUGAGUCGACUCAAAAGCAUUCCCGACCGCCUCUGUCCCCUCGAAGGACCAUGAGCUCGAUUCACGAGAGCAAGGAGCGAAGCCGGCAGCAGCACAGAGCCGUAGAGACGCAGAAAGGGCAGUACGCAGGAGUGCAGCAACAGGGGGGGCAGCAACAUAUGCAGGGACAGGGACAGGGGCAGCAGGAGGAGUUGUCGCUUGAGUGGCAGCAAGCAGGGGACCAGAAGGCGAAGCAGAGGCAGCACAGCAAGUCAUCCCUCAAACUCACUCCUCCUCGCUCCCCUCGCUCAUCGUCCUCCUCCUCCCAUCACCAGCAGCAGCAGCAGCAGCAGCAGCAGUACCAGCACCAGCACCAGCAGCAGCAGCACCACCAUCACCACUCCAUCCGCCCCUUCUUCCGUUCCUUCAAUCACUCCCAGCCUGCCCCAGAUACCACCUCCCACCUGCUCCCUACCUGUGCCAAGUUUCAUUCUCACUCCCCUGCUGCCCCCACCCUCUCCCCUCCCGUCUCCCUUCCCCCAUCCGGCCUUCCCUCUUCCUCUGCCUCCCCCUCCCCCGCUCCUCACCCUAUAUGUCUUUCCCCCUCGCCGUCUCCCCCUUUUUCCACCCUCACUGCUCCUCUCACUGCUUCCACCUCUUCCUAUUCCUCUGCUGCUGUGGUUGCAGCACGAGCAGCUGCCAAGCUUCGCCGCCCCUCCCCCCCCGCUCUCUUUCUCACUGCUAGUGCAGCCCUCGAUACAAGAACAGCUGGUACAAGCAAAUUCGAUACAAGCACAUCUGUGGCAGCAGGAAACGUUGCAGCAGUGAGGGCAAGGCCCUCGCUUAUAUCUAUUCCAGGCAUCCAGGCUCCGUCCACCGACUCCCUUCGUUAUAUGCACCUUGUAUCCCCUCGCCGGCCCCGUUCCCUUACAGGGGAACCAGAGUCUCUCAAUAGUAGCACAGUGCUGUACAGUCACAGUGUGAUGCAGCAGCAGCAGCAGCAGCAGCAGCAGCAGCAGCAGCAGCAACAGCAGCAGAAGAAAGGUGCUGGGGAUGGGGUAGGGGCAGCAAAUCUAGGAUAUACACCGUAUAGAGCAAUUCGAUAUAAGUCACCAACGCCUCAGUCUCCCAGGGCAGGUGAAUUAAGGCGGGCCAAUACGCAGCCUUGGAGGCGCAGCAGGGAGUGGGUGGAGGAUGGUGAUUAUAAUGAAGGGAAGGGGCAGGAGAGGCAGGAGGGGCAGGAGGGGCAGGGGGGGCAGGGGGGGCAGGGAGAGAAGGCAGACUGGGAAGGUGGUGCUGUUGCUGGUGGUGGCGGUAGCAGUAGUACUGUUGCUGGCGAAAUUGGGAAGCACGAUCACCACAGUGACAGCAGUAACAGCACCAUUAGUGGUAACCGGGUCACCAGCAGCAACAGCGGCUGCCUGCAGCUGCCACAGCAGAGGCGUGUUCGACCCUCUGACGGCCUUCCCCUUCCCCUUCCCUCUGCCGCCCCUUUAAGAUCGCAUCUGAAAUUGUCACAGCUAGAACCGGACUUGUAUUUUGACGACUCAUACGAGCCACUGAAGGAUGAGGAGCACGAGGGGGAGCGGGUGGAGGAGGAGGAAGAUGAGGAGGAGGGGGGAGGGGAUGAGUGGUGUGAUGGGGAGUGCGGAAAUGAGUAUGAUGAGCCGUUGAGUGCUAGAAGUGCUUGCAGUGCUCGCAGUGCGUCUAGUGCUUGCAGUGGUGCGAGCACAGGCAGCAGAGGAAGCAGCCGUAGCCGCAUCUUGCACCAUGCUUCUAGUGAGGAGGGAGAGGAGAGAGAUGAGGAGGAGGAGGAGGAGGAGGGUGAGGUGGAGCUGAAAAUGGAGGGAGAGGAGAUGAGAGGUACUGGUAUGGGGAGGGAUGAAACGGAAAGUACUGACAGGGGAGGAGAGGGAUUGGAGAGGCGAAGUGGUGGAAACAGCCAUCCAGUUCGGUUCUUCAGGAGUCAGUCGGAGAAAAGCAACCGGCGCCACCAGCAGCAGCAGCAGCAGCACCAGCAGCAGCAGCAGCAGCGGCAGCAGCAGCAGCAGCAGCAGCAGGCAGAUAGUAGCAGCGCUGGGAGUGGCGAUGGGGCGGGAUGGAGCUUUGGAAGCAGCAGCAGCAGCAACCGGGGUGCUAUGAGUCGUGUGAGUCGCAGUCGGAGCUGUGAUCCCACUACCCGCAGCCACCACAAGUCCCUCAGCAUCUUAUCCGAUGGUCAUGGUGCUCCCACCUCGUAUACUGCGACAUCCGACGGCCAUCCUUCUCCCAGAUCUGAUGGCCGCCGAACGCCCUCCCGCGUGCGUUUCAACGAGGAGGUGGACGUUCUCAUGUUCGCUGACGUGGCCGGCGCCGCUGGCCUGGCAAGCGCUGCUGACGUGGCAGGUGGUGCCGCUGACGCAAUGCAUGUUCUUGGCAGUAAAAGUAGAGAUGAGCACGGGGACUCUUCUACCGCAGCGGCGGCAUGUGGAAGCAACUUGGACAUAGAGGAGGAUGAAGAGGAGAUGGAUGACGGGGAAUUUCGUCUCUCGCUUCCCGCCCUUAGCUUCUCCUUGACGUUGGCGUUAGAAGGCUCGCACACAGCCGUGUCGUCCCCAACCAGGUUUCCCCGCAGCAAGAGCCAGAACUAAGCUGUCGGCUGACAAGUGACAGACUCGCGACUCGUGAAUCGUGACUCGUGACUAGCGACUAGUGACUAGUGACUCGUGACUCGUCGUUUUGAGGCUCCUUAAAAAGUCGUUUGCUGACAAGUGACAGACUCGCGACUCGUGAGUCAUGAGCCAAAGCCAGCCCACUUACAGUACGAGUUGCCACCCAUACAUGAGGAUCUUGGAUGGUGCAGGCUGCCGCCUACGCCCUGCCUGCUUCCGCCGCUUCUGCAUUGGGUUGGGUGUACAGUGUGCAUGCACCCUACACCCUGGAGCCUCACACACCCCUUCUCUGCAGUAGGGGGGGCGACUGUCUCGUAAUCCAUUAUCCUGGAGCUGUAUGCAUGCCUGUGCUGCCUCACUCACUGCUCCCGCACCAUACCCUAGUAUGUUGCAUCCCUCCAUGCCUGUAUGUAUAUUGACAUAAUGCUCUAAUACCUAUGGGUCAUAACUGUUACUGGUACUGUACUACCUCUGCUUAUGGUAGGCUUCUCCAAGUAAAUGUGCUGCGGUAUG